CGCAGCUGCCGUACAUUACCUAUAAAAACAAGCCCGAAGCGGAAGUUCCGCCCUUUCCCCCCUCGCUGGCAGUCUGAGUUGCAGUCAACACACACCAACAUGCCACGCAAGAUUGAAGAAAUCAAAGAUUUCCUGCUUACAGCCAGGAGGAAGGAUGCCAAGUCCGUGAAGAUCAAGAAGAACAAGGACAAUGUGAAGUUCAAGGUGCGGUGCAGCAAAUACCUGUACACUCUGGUCAUCACAGACAAGGAAAAAGCAGAGAAGCUCAAGCAGUCCCUGCCUCCAGGUCUGGCUGUGAAGGAACUGAAAUGAGGAGAUCGGCGUGUACAGCAGUUUGAUUUAUUGUAAUAAAAGUUACAAAAACA